CAGUCGACAAGAGCAGCAACAGCUUCACUCGAGCAUAUCAACUCGGACAUCAAUCACCUUACCUGACUCAUCGGCAAGAUAGUCACUCGGCAAGACCUCAACGGCUUCACCACUAGCAACAACCUCGACUUCAGAGCCACUCCUCAUCACUCACCUCAUACCAACCCUUCAACAUCCAACACUACAACAAGUCAACAGUCACGAUGUGCAACUGGGAGCAAACCAAGUUCGAGGCGUGCAAGCACACCGAGACCAAGCGGAUGGCCUACUCGUGCGCCAUCUACACGAGGCACACAUAUGGAGAAUGCCGGUUCGAUCCCAAGAAGAGCAAGGUCUUUACCGUCAUUAGCUACGGCUACUGCAAGGAGUGUUCGGAGAUGUUCAACAAAUAUGUCAAUCUUUGAACUGUUUCUUUUUCCACAUACCACUUGAUGUGGUCCCGCUGCUGAGACGAUGUACUCCUGCAGCUUUCUCUCUUUCUCUCAAAACAACGAAAAGUCGACACACAU